ACCCGCUAAGCGCGAUGGCUUCAGUUUUGCUACCGUAGUCAUAGUUAUCCAACAUGCUUGGCGGACGCUGUCAGAUAUCGGGGUUUACGGUUCUUCUACUUAAUACGGUUCUCGCGUGUUACGGAGGGCUAUGGCUGCGGAUGGUCGACGGUCAGUCCGUGUGUGGAGUUCGACAGACGAAGAACGAAUCCGUAGUGGACGGAGAGCAGAUUGGUCCAGGCGAGUGGCCUUGGCAUGUGGGAGUGUACUGGUGGAAAGGGUCCAAGCUGAAUCCACCGGACAGAGUUUGCGAGGGAGCACUGGUGGACCGAGAAGGAUGGGUUCUAACGGCGGCGAAUUGUUUGAAGAGUGUUGGAGGAGAUCUCCUUGAUAUGAAGGGAAUGAUCGUUCAUGUGGGGCUGGUAGCGUUGCAGCAGAACACCGAGAAAUCCCGAAGGUUUCACGUGGAAAAUGUAGUGCUGAAUGACGAAUUGGAUUUGGCUUUGAUCCGACUGAAAGUGUACGAUGAGUGGGAAGGAAUGCCGAUUUGUAUGACAGAUGGAGUGGAAAAUUUCGACAAGAUCUAUGGGAAAUCGGUCUACGUGUUGCAACAAAGUCAUCGACAUCGGUUGGGUGGAUUCGAGAUAGUUAAACUCCAGCUUGAGAGAGAAGUCGUGUGCUAUGGAUCGACCUUAGCAGUUAAGGCACGAUCUGUUAGUGACAGUAAUAUUAGACUUAAGACCAAAGACACCAAGUACCAUUCAACGGGUCGUGGAACUCCUCUCUACGUCAAAAGUCCUGGAGGUUGGACUCUGCUGGGAAUAUCCAACAAAAUACAGACCUCCAUCCCUGGAACUUUGUGUCAACCAGGGGACUACGAAUCGUUCCUGAACGUUAACUUGGCUCCGGUAAGCGUGUGGUUCUCGAACGAACGAGACAACGACGGUAUCGAAAGUGUCGAAACAUCCACGGAGUAGAGUUCAAUUACCUUUCCGGGUCGACCGUUUGUCGAAUCAUUCUCAUCAAUAAAAAGCUCAACCAUCACUGCACAUUUCUUCCAUCUAGACACCAAUAAAUUGAAAUAGGAAAAAAACUCCAUUAUCUACAAAA